GAGAUAUUGUUGAUAUACUUCUUAAAACAGUUGUUGGUAUUGAUAUAUUACUUAAUAGUUGAUAUAUUGAUAUAUUUGUUGAUAGAUUUGUUGAAUAGGGUUGCUCGGUAAAAUUGUUGGCCGAUCAGAUCUUAGAUUUUGCACUUUGUUAGAUCUCGCACAUUAAUUAGCUAAUUAAUCUACUUGAAGUUUCAAAUUAGUAGGGAAUUGAUUUAAGAUGACCCAACCAUUGAUCCAAGAACCAGCUCAUCAGCUUUAUGAAAGCUUGAAGCAAAAUACUCCAUUACCUCAUGAAGAAAGUUCAACGGCAGUUGCCUUGCCUCAUUCUAAAGAAGAUGGGUAUUCUCCCAUUUAUAGAAAUCUCCAUGCUUAUAAGAAAGGAUCCUUACUAAAUGUUCCUCAUGACUGUUUGAAUACGUUGCCCAAGUUAUUAAAAAUGUCAGUAUCGGUCAAUGCUGAUCAAAACUGUCUUGGUACAAGAUUCCGUAAUCUUGAUGGCUCAAUGGGGGCUUAUCAAUGGGAAACUUAUAAAGAGAUUGAUGCUCGAAAGAAGAAUUUUGGUGCUGGGUUAUUUUUCAUUUUGCAAAAUAAUCCUUUCAAAACCAAUAGCGAAGCCCAUUUAAAGAUUGAUCAACAUUUAAAUAUCAAAAAUGGUAUGAAUGAAGAUUCUUUUAUUGUUUCGCUUUUCUCUGCUAAUCGUCGUGAAUGGUGUAUUAGUGAUUUGGCUUGUUUAUCUUAUUCAAUUGUAAAUACUGCCUUAUAUGAUACCUUGGGGCCAGAAACUUCAAAAUAUAUUUUGAGUAUUACGGAAUCUCCUGUCAUCAUUUGUUCAAAAGAUAAAAUUUCCAAAAUCAUUGAAUUAAAAGAACAAUUUCCUCAAGAUUUAUCAAAUUUAAUCUCAAUUGUUUCAAUGGAUAAGCUUGAUUUUACUACUAAUUCUCUGGAAGAUCUGUUUUUACACCAACGUUGUUCCAAAAAUAACUUAACUUUAUUUGAUUUUAAUCAAGUUGAAAAAUUCGGUGAAAUUUAUCCAGUUAAAGAAGUUGAACCAACUCCUAAAUCUGUAUAUACCAUCUCUUUCACUUCUGGUACCACCGGUUCCAAUCCUAAAGGGGUUGUUUUAACUCAUCAAAGUGCAGUUUCUGCUAUCACUUUUUGUUAUACUAUGAUUUCGGGUUUUGAUGCAGUGGUUUACUGUUUCUUACCUUUGGCUCAUAUCUUCGAAAGAAUGAAUUGUUUAUUUUCACUUUUCCAAGGGGCUCAUAUUGGUUUACCCCAACUGCCUUCUCCCUUGACUUUAUUAGAUGAUAUAAAAGAAUUGAAACCAGAAAUUUUAUCCUUGGUUCCAAGAGUUUAUACUAAAUUAGAAGCUGCCAUUAAAUCAAAAACUAUUAACAACAAUGAAAAACCUUUAUUACAAAAAAUUUUUAGAAAAGUUGUUGAUACUAAAACAUCUUUACAAUCAAAAUAUGAUGGCGCUGAAGGUCGUCAUUUAAUUUAUGAUCGUUUUUCAAGUGUUUUACGUAAACAAUUGGGAUUUGAUAACCUUCAUACUUUUGCCACUGGUUCAGCUCCAAUUUCUCCAGACACGGUGAAAUUUAUGAAGGCUUCUUUAAACACUGGUAUGUCUCAAGGUUAUGGUUUAACAGAAUCUUUUGCUGGUAUUUGUUGUUCUUUAACCUAUGAUGCAAACCCCGGUUCUUGUGGUCCUAUUUCUGUCACUACUGAAAUGAGAUUAAGAGAAAUUCCUGAAAUGGGUUAUCAUGCAAAUGAUGAAGGUGGUCCUCGUGGUGAAUUAUUAUUAAGAGGCGCUCAAAUCUUUACUCAUUAUUAUAAAGAUCCUGAAGAAACUAGAAAAUCUAUCGAUGAUCAAGGUUGGUUUUAUACUGGUGAUAUUGCCAAGGUUGAUGCAGAAACUGGUCGUAUGUAUAUUAUUGACCGUGUUAAAAAUUUCUUCAAAUUGGCUCAAGGUGAAUAUAUCACUCCAGAAAAAAUUGAAAAUACUUAUUUGAGUCAUAACCCAUUGAUUCAACAAUGUUAUGUCCAUGGUGACUCUUUGAAAACUUUCCUUGUUGGUAUUAUCGGGGUUGAACCAGUAAGUAUUAAAGCUUGGCUCUUUGAUACCUUUAAAAUCAAACUUAAUGAUGAUUCAAAAUUAAUUGAAACUUUAAAUGAUGUCGAAAUCAAAAAGAAGUUUUUAAUUCAAAUUAAUCAUACAACUAAUAAAGUUUUGGGUGGAUUUGAAAAAUUACAUAAUAUCUUAAUUGAUAUUGAACCUUUAUCAGUUGAAAAAAAUGUUAUCACUCCAACUUUGAAAAUUAAGAGACCAAUUGCUUCAAAAUUUUUCGCCAAAGAAUUUGAACAAUUGUAUGAACAAGGUUCUAUACUUAGAAUUGAAGAUUCAAAAUUGUAG